GAAACCAAGAGGCAGCCAAGGGAAGACCUGGGCAGGGCUUCCAGGCAGAAUGAAAUAGCUACAGUAACUAUCCAGAGGAGGGUGGGGAAUGGCAUGGCGCCAGUGUGCCCAAGGAGAAAAAAGAAGAGAAAAAGCAUUCUGAAGAUCAGUGUAAAGUGUUGGAUUCCAUUCCAGACGCUAUUGAUGGACUUGGAACGGUGGUACACAGGGGGUGGAUGUCACGUGCCUCGACUAGAAUGCGGCCUCCGCACCGCCGCCUCUGUGACGUCACUAGGCUCUGUGACUUCAUGGUAAGAAGCUCUAGCCUCUCCAGCCUUUGAGCCCCCAGCUCACAGCAACAUCGCGGCGGGUGCUGGGGCGGCUGACAGGGCAUGAAACCUUAGGAGGCCAUGGCUAAACGCGACAUCGUCUUCACCAAUGUCACCGUUGUCCAGCUGCUGCGACAGCCUUGCCCGGUGACCAGAGCACCGCCACCCCAACCAGAGCCCAAGCCUGAGCCUGAGCCCCAGCCCCAGCCCCAGCCCCAGCCAAUCAAGGAGGAAGCCUCACCUCCUCCACCUCCUCCACCUCCUGCACCUAAGAAGGUUCCUGUGACUCGGGAGCUGACAGUGGGCAUCAAUGGAUUUGGUCGCAUUGGCCGCCUGGUGCUACGUGCCUGCAUGGAGAAGGGCGUGAAGGUGGUAGCGGUGAAUGAUCCAUUUAUCGACCCAGAAUACAUGGUGUACAUGUUUAAGUAUGACUCCACCCAUGGCCGCUACAAGGGGACUGUGGAGUAUAAGAAUGACAAGCUGGUUGUGGACACCCGUGAGAUCAACGUCUUCCAGUGCAAGCAGCCCAAAGACAUCCCCUAAUCUGUCGGGAGCCCCUUCGUGGUGGAGGCCACGGGCGUGUACCUGUCCUUAGAGGAAACUUCACCCCACCUCGAAGCAGGUGCCCAGCGUGUGGUCAUCUGUGCACCUUCUCCGGAUGCCCCCAUGUUUGUCAUGGGGGUGAAUGAAAAGGACUACAACCCUGGCACCAUGAAAAUUGUCAGCAACGCCUCCUGCACCACCAACUGCCUGGCCCCCCUCGCCAAGGUCAUCCAUGAGCGAUUUGGGAUUCUGGAAGGGCUGAUGACCACAGUCCAUUCCUACACUGCCACCCAGAAGACGGUGGAUGGGCCAUCGAAGAAGGCCUGGAGAGAUGGACGGGGUGCCCACCAGAACAUCAUCCCUGCCUCCACAGGGGCUGCCAAGGCUGUGGGCAAAAUCAUCCCAGACCUCAAAGGGAAGCUGACGGGGAUGGCGUUCCGAGUGCCAACCCCAGACGUGUCUGUUGUGGAUCUCACCUGCCGCCUGGCCCAGCCUACCCAGUACUCGGCCAUUAAGGAGGCCAUAAAAGAAGCAGCCAAGGGGCCCAUGGCCGGCAUCCUUGCCUACACUGAGGAUGAGGUCGUGUCCACGGACUUUGUUAGCGAUACCCACUCGUCCAUCUUCGAUGCUAAGGCUGGCAUCGCGCUCAACGACAACUUCGUGAAGCUCAUUUCCUGGUACGACAACGAAUAUGGCUACAGUCACCGGGUGGUGGACCUCCUUCGCUACAUGUUCAGCAGAGACGAGUGAAGCAGGCUGGCCCGCCUCUGCUUCCCCGAGCUCCCGGGUCAGAACUCAUUCCUCCUGUCCCCGCCCUCAGUCCCCCGUGGGAAGGAGGGCGCCCCGCGCGAGGGGCCCGCGCUGCUGGGCCAACGGUGAAAUAAAAACCCCGAGU